CACUAUAGAAUUGGUAUUCUUUGCAUUUGAUUUCGUCUACCAAGUGCUACAGUGACCGACACCAAGUUCUACUUCUAUCUGUGAAAGUUGCUAUAACUUAAUUGUUCAGUGUACGAUAUUUAAAAUACAGCACGUCAAAAUGGCUACCCUUGCACGCAGUUUACGCCCUUUCUUAAGGUAUGCUCGUAAUCAAAGAAGAACUUUCGCAGACGCAGCACCCGUUAGCAAUGAAAUGAUAUUUACGUUUGCUGGAGCUAAUCAGGUGUUCUAUGAUCAAACUGUAAUCAAACAAAUAGACGUACCAUCGUUUUCCGGCAGUUUUGGUAUUUUACCGAAACAUGUUCCUACAUUGGCUGUAUUAAAACCUGGUGUGGUCACAGUACACGAAGAAAGUGGAGAUGUCAAGAAAAUUUUUGUUUCUUCGGGGACAGUUACUAUAAAUGAAAACAACACUGUACAGGUACCUGUUUAAUAUACCACGCUCUCGCGUUAUUCUGGAUGUUUUAGCAGAAGAAGACAAGAUCUUUCGUCUGCGUCGUCUGAUCAAGACAAAGCUGAAGCAGCUAUUGCGGUUGAAGUUGCAGAAGCCUUAGUAAACGCUUUGCAAUAAACAUUGGACAGACAUUGUGUAUAUGUUAAAAUAUUACUUUAUGU